GCUAGUAGCGCGUAAAUCCUUUGCAUUUGCAAAGGGCAUGCUGAUCUUUAGCAAGGCCAUUAGCUGUUUCCUGGAAAUGUCUCUAUAUUAUCACAGCUGAAGUCCUCGAAUCCAGCAUGAACUGGGCGUCGUUUUACGCGGUGAUCAGCGGUGUGAACAGGCACUCGACAGGUAUCGGCCGCAUCUGGCUGUCGGUCAUCUUCAUCUUCAGGAUCAUGGUGCUGGUGGUGGCGGCCGAGAGCGUGUGGGGCGAUGAGAAGUCGGGCUUCACCUGUAACACCCAGCAGCCCGGCUGCAACAGCGUGUGCUACGACCAGUUCUUCCCCAUCUCUCACAUCCGCCUCUGGGCUCUGCAGCUCAUCCUGGUGUCCACGCCGGCCCUGCUGGUGGCCAUGCAUAUCGCUCACCGCCGGCACAUCGAGAAGAAGAUCCUCAAGAUCUCCGGCCGAGGGAACGCCAAGGACCUGGAGAACAUCAAGAGCCUGAGGUUCAAGAUCACCGGUGCUCUGUGGUGGACUUACAUAAUCAGCAUCAUCUUCCGUAUCAUUUUCGAGGUGGUUUUCUUGUACAUUUUUUACUCGAUCUAUCCGGACAUCAAGAUGGUGCGUCUUGUGAAGUGUGACUCUUACCCCUGUCCCAAUACAGUGGACUGUUUCGUGUCGCGUCCCACAGAGAAGACCGUCUUCACUGUCUUCAUGCUGGCCGUGUCUGGAGUCUGUGUCUUGUUGAACAUCGCAGAGGUUAUGUAUCUAAUAAGUCGGGCGUGUAUGAGACAUUUUCAAGGAGCUGCGGGUGAACCCAAAGCACCCUGGCUCCCUCAAAAACUGGCGACUUACAAGCAGAACGAAAUAAAUCAGCUGAUCACAGAGCAUUCGUUCAAGCCGAGAUUCAAUGUUGGGCGAAAGCCUGCGGAUAAGAGCGAACGCUGCUCUGCUUUCUAGACAAAAGCUUCUACCAACUAUCAGUCUUUAAUGGAAGGUGGAUGUCUGUAAUCAUAUUAAUCAGUUGUCAUUGAUUUACUUGUUUCUUUAGUUUAAUGGCCCCAUAGGGAGAAAUAUGCUGGAGAACCAUCAGAUAUUACACAAUUAAUAUGGCACAAGUGUCCAUCUUGUCCCAAAACUGUAUUAGAUUUGAGGAAUAAUCAUAUCUAAACAAACACUGGAGAGAGUAAAGAGUAAGUCACCCGCUUCUGUCCUGAAGUUUGGGGAACUCUGACCUAAAAUAAAUAAAUAUUUGACCAAUACAUAGUCUAUACAUCACAAAUUUAUGAAAGCUUGUUUCCACCAUUGAAUAAGAAAAAUGUAAUUGCAACAUUUUAUCUCACAAUUUUGACUUUUUUUCUCAGAAUUGCAAGAAAAAAAGUCAGAAGUGUAUGUUUUUAGCUCACAAUUCUGUGAAAAAAAAGUCGCAAUAGCCUUUUUUAUUUCAGUGGCAGAAACGGGCUUCCAUACAAAUUGACAUUUUGUCUCAAUAUAAAAAUAAAAACUGCCAUGGUUUGCUGUGUUGAAUGAAGGUGGAAUACAUGUUAUGUUUAACCUUUUUAAUGUAUUGUUAUUUAACAUAAUUUAUUGAAACCGAAACCCUCCAGCAUAAGAGAAGUGGAUGGAUGAAAACAGCCCUAUGACAUCAUAUCCUGUCACCCAUACUUGUUGAUAUAAGUGAUAUUUUGAGCAUCUGAUAUUAUUAUUAUUGUUAUUAUUAUUAUUGCAGUAAAGUGUGUGGUAUGAUUUGAAUGUUACAUUGACAAAAUAGGCAUUUUUAAAAUUGGGUUACAAAUUUGCAACGAUUUUCUAGCAUGACAAUGCCCCUUUUAGUAUCUUUUAAGUUUCUUAUUCUUUUUGGCUUGUAAUUAAUUUGUUAAAAUGGUGGUUCGAAAUUGAUUUUGACUUUCAGUUUGAAUUGUUUCCAUUUGUAGUUUUAUUUUAAUUAGAUGCGUCACAUUUAGUGAAAGUGUUUUUAAAGGGCAUUUUCUUCAUCUUUUCUGCCUUGUGAAACUCUGCAAACACGUUUGUUAAAAAGACAAAACAAACAGACUUGAGGCCACAACAUUUUUUUUUUAUUAUUAUUAUUUGACUGUAAAUGUCUUUUUGUUCUCACAAUGUAAGGAUGUUGAAUCACAGCUUUAUCUAACACACGUUCAGGAGCCACACAAUCACAUAGCACUGACCCGCUGUCCUGCUCUAGUGUGUUUGGGAAAUAAUAUUGUACUUGCAGGACUUUGUUGAAUUCUUUGAUGCAGCUUUUUUUUGCAACGUUGUCAUUAAAGAAAUGCAUUAUAUUGCACAUACCUUAACACAAUAUUGAAUCAUUUUAAUUUCUCCAUAUGUCCAUGUAUUUCAAUCUUGAUUUUUUUUUUUCACCAUUUCAAUAAAGAGGUUAGUUAUUUUAAAAUCUUUUCUGAAGGCUUCACACACUGUACAUGUGCGUUAGCCGUUGUUUUAUAUUGCACAGCCCAAGCUUUAGGAAAGGGACAUUAUUCAGAUCAGUAUGUGUUCUGAACACCAUUCAUUGUUUAUGAUUGUUAUCAGUGACGCUUCAAAUGUGUCUAGACCUUUAAAUCAUGUCAUUAUAGCACUGCUCUAGGAU